UUCAUCGCCUCGGGCACCCACAGGCUGCCCAGCACUGACAAGCACAGACAAGGCUGACCAGCACUGACCAGGGUUUCUCAGCCCUAGCCAGUACUUGCGGCUACUGACCAGGGUUGACCAAUGGUACCAGACGCUGACCGGCGCUCACCAGCAUUGCCGAGCGCUGCCCAGCAGUGUCCAGUGCUAUCCGUGUCUCCCCAGCAUUGACAAGAGCUGAUGAUGAGGGAUGCUCCGCGCUUAUCAAAAUUUCUAGUGCUGGCCAUUCCCUCCGGGAUCUAUCGAGGCGCUCCCCGGCUGGGGAUGGAUUCCAGUGCCCGGCCAGACCGCCCCAGUUGUGCUCCCAGCACCCAGGUCAGACCUCGAGCUGUCCCCACACCCCUGGCCCACCACAGGGCCCUGGGGAUGGAACCCCAAGGACGGAUCCGACCCUGGGCAUCCCUGGCCCCCAGCGCGCUGGAAGCAGCUCCCCCAUGGCCACCCAGGGCGGCCGUGGCCCCGCUGCCCUCGCCCCCCGCCAUGCGCCCACAGCUGCAGAGCUGGCCACGGGCCCAGCGCUCGGCUCCCCCCUCCUUGUCCCCCCGAUAAGGAGCCGAGCCCGCCUCAGAGUCAAGGAGACGACCCCGCAGCCGCUAUAAGGGCCCCCCGCGCGCCGCAGCCGCGCAGCCGGCCCCGCCAUGGCGCUGCUGGGCGCCCUGCUGCUGGCCCUGGCCCUGCUCUGCACCUGGCGGCUGGCGCGACGCAGGGACACCCUGGCGAUGGCCGCGGCGACAGGUCUGGGGCGCCCGCGGAGUCUGCCGGCCCUGCCGCUGGUUGGGAGCCUGCUGCAGCUGGCCGGGCACCCCCAGCUCCACCUGCGGCUGUGGCGCCUGCAGGGCCACUACGGCAGCCUGUACGCCCUCUGGAUGGGCUCCCACUACGUGGUGGUGGUGAACAGCUAUCGGCACGCCAGGGAGGUGCUGCUGAAGAAGGGCAAAGACUUCGCCGGACGGCCCCGCACCGUGACCACGGACCUGCUGUCCCGGGGGGGCAAGGACAUCGCCUUCGCCAGCUACGGGCCCCUCUGGAAGUUCCAGCGCAAGCUGGUGCACACUGCCCUCUCCAUGUUCGGGGAGGGCUCGCUCGCCCUCGAGAGUAUCAUCUGCCGGGAGGCUGCAUCCCUGUGUGAGACGCUGAGUGCUGCGCAGGACACAGCCCUGGACAUGGCCCCCGAGCUCACACGGGCCGUCACCAACGUGGUCUGCUCCCUCUGCUUCAACUCCUCAUACCGCCGUGGGGACCCCGAGUUCGAGGCCAUGCUGGAGUACAGCCAGGGUAUCGUGGACACCGUGGCCAAGGAGAGCUUGGUGGACAUCUUCCCCUGGCUCCAGAUAUUUCCCAACAAGGACCUGACCCUGCUGAAGAAAUGCCUCCAGGUCCGGGACCAGCUGCUCCAGCAGAAAUUCACUGAACACAAGGAAGCUUUCUGCGGAGACACCGUGAAGGACCUCAUGGAUGCCCUCCUGCAAGUGAGGCUCAGUGCUGGGAACAGCAGGCCUCUGGAGCCAGGGCUGGAGCUGACUGAUGACCACCUCCUCAUGACGGUGGGGGACAUCUUUGGGGCCGGUGUGGAGACCACCACGACUGUGCUCAAAUGGGCUGUGCUCUACCUGCUCCACUACCCUGAGAUCCAGAGGAAGAUCCAGGAGGAAAUGGACCACAAGAUCGGCCUGAUGCGUCACCCCCACCUCAGCGACCGCCCGCUGCUGCCCUACCUGGAGGCCACCAUCAGUGAGGUGCUGCGCAUCCGGCCCGUGUCCCCCCUGCUCAUCCCGCACGUGUCCCUUGCUGACACCAGCAUUGGGGAAUACUCUAUCCCCAAGGGUGCCAGGGUCAUCAUCAACCUCUGGUCUGUGCAUCACGACGAGAAGGAGUGGGACAAGCCGGAGGAGUUCAAUCCUGGCCGCUUCCUGGAUGAGCGGGGCCAACACAUCCAUUCGCCCUCACCCAGCUACCUCCCCUUCGGAGCCGGGAUCCGUGUCUGCCUGGGAAAAGUCCUGGCCAAGAUGGAGCUCUUCCUCUUCCUGGCCUGGGUGCUGCAGAGGUUCACACUGGAGUGCCCUGAGGACCAGCCCCUGCCCUCACUGGAGGGCAAGUUUGGUGUCGUGCUGCAGGUGCAGAAGUUUCAGGUGAAGGCCAGGCUGAGGGAGGCCUGGAGAGUGGCUUCAUGAUGGGGAGGAGCCCUGGAUCCCAGGCAGGGGGGGUGGGGGGUGGGACCACAGAGGCUGCCCCAUGGAUGGGGUGUUAUCCCGAUAAAGCUAUUCCCAACACAGCUUGGCUCUGGCUAUUUUUUGGGCAGGAGAUGGAGGACAGGGUUAAGUGUGAGAUGUGUGGUAGCCCCACAA